AUGAACAACAAUGUGCCUCUAGCAGUCUGGUUGUUUUCCUCAGGUAUGCUCAACCACAGAGAUGCUGACAAAAGCAGUCCGCGCUUUGGUGCCUUGAGUCAUCACUCAUUCUUCUCCCGGCACAACCCUCAUCCACAACUUUUUCAACAGAUCCGACUCAAUGGUAGGCCUGUGUGCAUGGUGAGGGAUGAUUGGUUUGUGACCUCAUCAUUAUUUCCUCAUCCACUUCUCAAGAGCCACGUCCUCAAGAAAGCAACUGAUCCAUCUUUUGCUUUUCCGUUUGCUCAGAAUCUUUAUGGAGUCGGUAGUAACAAAAACAAAUCAGCCCAAUUUUCAGAGGCCUGGAGAGAUGAACUUAAAGACCUUGCUGCAAAAGUCAGUUUGUCUUCUCAAGCACAAAAGGGCAAAAAAGAGUACCAGCCUGAGGAAGAAUAUGUCCGCCGAAAGACCCAAUAUUCAGCUGAAACGGGGAGAAUCGUCCCUCCAUCCUCCAACUCUUACCAACGCAGAUCUCAUUCUCAGCACCCAAUGUAUCCUCAGUCCUUCCAUGAUCAAGAACUAAUGGUGUUUGAGCUACUUUGUCAGAUCCUGCAGACAGAUUCCCUGUCUACAGUCCAGCAGUGGCUUCUACUUGCAGGCCAAAGAGAGAAAGACCUGGUGAUGGGGAUGAUCAAGCAAGCUCUGGACGGUGUUGAGUUCUCGGGCCAUCAUCAGCAGAACCUCCAGCAGCUCCAGGCUUUUCAUCCUGGUGCAUCUCCAUCUGUGUAUGGUCCAUCGUUAGACCAGUCGUGGAGAAAACCACAAAGAACGGGCUCAUACAAAGGAAACCAAAUUUUCAGCGAUGAAAAACCAGAGAGAAUUGGAGAUGCAGAGGUCCUUGAAGUGCACCCAAGUGCUCAGAAUAAUCUUCAAGAUCAUCCACUUCAGCACACUAAGAGUGCAUAGACCUCCCUGAUUUUCAUCAUAAUAUUCACUGUAUUAUGGUUUCCUUAUGAGAAUUGAGACGGUUUCAUUGUGCAUUGGUCCCUUGAUAGAUGAUAUACCAGGUUCUCUUUAGCAUAUUUGCUUUUAAGAUGUUUCUUAGAAACACAAGCCAAUUUAAUAGGACUUUCUUGU